CCCAUACAACUAGACCACUUUCUCCCAUUCUUCUUCUUCCGUUUUAUGCAUGGCUUCUCCAUUAGUGUCAAUAGCUCUGAUCAUUAUUUCCGUGGCGGUUCUUCUAUUGCCGUGCAGGGCUGAGCUGCGGCAGUUUGUCCAAGGCACCAAGGCCGACCGAUCUCUCAGCUUCUUGGUAGUUGGAGAUUGGGGAAGAAGGGGACUCUACAAUCAGUCUCAUGUUGCUGUUCAGAUGGGAAGAACUGGGGAGAAAUUGGAUAUCGACCUCAUAAUCUCAACUGGAGACAAUUUCUACGACAAUGGAUUGACCGGAGUUAAUGAUCCAGCAUUCCAAGAGUCUUUUACGAACAUCUAUACUGCUCCUAGCUUGCAAAAACAAUGGUACAAUGUGUUGGGUAACCAUGACUAUAGGGGUGAUGUUGAGGCACAGCUGAGUCCUGUUCUUACAGGAAUUGACAGCAGGUGGCUCUGCUUGAGAUCUUUCAUUGUCGAUGCUGAUAUUGUGGAGUUUUUCUUUUUGGAUACCACCCCCUUCGUGGACAAAUUUUUCACCGACCCUGAGGACCAUCACUAUGACUGGAGUGGCAUAUUGCCCAGAGAAAAAUAUCUUAAGAAUCUCUUAAUGGAUGUGGAUUCUGCAUUGAAAACAUCAAUAGCAAAAUGGAAAAUUGUGGUAGGUCAUCAUACAAUAAAAAGUGCUGGUCACCAUGGCAACACUAAGGAGCUAGCUGGAACACUGCUUCCAAUUCUUGAGGCAAACAACGUUGAUCUUUACAUUAAUGGGCACGACCAUUGCUUGGAACAUAUCAGUAGUAGCAAGAGCGCUGUUCAGUUUUUGACUAGCGGUGGAGGGUCCAAGGCAUGGAGGGGCGAUGUUAGUUGGUGGAAUCCACAGGAGAUGAAAUUUUAUUAUGAUGGACAAGGUUUCAUGUCGCUGCAAAUUACUGAAUCCGCUAUUGAUGUUGUGUUCUAUGAUGUUUUCGGCGAUGUUUUGCACAAAUGGAGCACUUUCCAGAGGGUUUAUUCUGCGAUAUAAUGAGGGUAACUGUAAGAAGAUUUGUAUUAUCGCUAUUUUAAAUAUUGCAGACCAAAAAUUUUUAGUACGGAUAUUUGUACUGGGAGUAUGAAUUAUAUUUGUUUAAAUGAAGUUAUGUUUGGAAU